AUGUCAGUUAUAGACAGUAUUAGUCUUGAUUCCCGUUUUCUUAGGAGAGAGGCUAUGGAACACGCAUUAAGCAUCAAGCUUAUCGACAUUGAGCUUAAAAUGAGCCUGUGUGUUUUCCCGUCGCUGAAGAGGCUGUAUAGGAAAAAGAUAGUGAUUGUACGGAAUCCUUAUGGGCAGCCAACUGUUGAGUUUCGGUCUGCCUCCCGAAUGCAGAGAGAAAUCGAGUUCAAAUAUUUACUGGGGAGUCUGUGGCAGCCCUUGACUUGA